CGGUUGUUUAUCGCUCCCACCAGAACUCCCACUUCCCUAGCUAUUUGUCCAACUGCCCAUCCUUUGGAGAAUUCUUUUGUGGCAAGAAUCGCCAAUCAGUUGAAAGUUGCCGUUGUCAGUCGUGAUCUGUCAUAGUCUUUGCUCCACUGCAACACACCCACACUCCAAUAAAGCUGGUCCCAAGAACGCAAAAGGAAGGAAGGGUGAGAGGGGAGAGAGUAAGGAGGAAUUUUCUUGCCUCCUUUGCUGUAAUUUUUCUAUUCCAAACAGGCUCAGGUGGCAGGCAUGUUUGUCCCCUCCACCCCCUCGGCCCCGGCCCUUGCUCCUCCCCCCUCCUUUUGUUUUCCUGCUUUGCUUGCGGCCAGAGCACAGGCAUCUUCUUUUGGUCAUUUGCUUGCUACACUGACAGGUUCUCAGAGCAGAGGCAUCCGGCACCCCUGGUAGGCUUCCACUGCCACUGAGAAUUUGGUUCUGGGAAGAGAGAAAGGCUGCACGAUUCUUCCUCACCUUGGCCUCACUCUUGCUUCCAUGCUUGACAUUGAACACGGAGCAAGCUCCUGAACUUGUUGCCGAGGAGGCCACACUCUUGCGCUGCCUUGGCAAUGGGGGAGGUUGUUGCUGCUUCCUCCCUGGCCCUGGUGCUGCUCUUCUUCUGCUCUUGCGGGCCUGCAAGCGGCCUUCUCUCCCCCAAGGGUGUAAACUAUGAAGUUCAAGCUCUCAUGAUGAUCAAGAACUACCUCAAGGAUCCUCAUGGUGUACUGAAGAACUGGGACCAAGACUCUGUGGAUCCUUGCAGCUGGACAAUGGUCACUUGCUCUCCAGAGAACCUUGUCACCGGCUUAGAAGCACCAAGCCAGAACCUUUCUGGAAUUCUCUCCCCAAGUAUAGGGAAUCUGACCAACCUUGAGACAGUUCUUCUGCAGAACAACAACAUAAACGGGUUAAUCCCAGCAGAGAUUGGAAAGCUAAGAAAGCUCAAAACGCUUGAUCUGUCCAGCAACCACUUCUCUGGAGAAAUCCCAAGCUCUGUGGGCCACCUUGAAAGCCUUCAGUAUUUGAGGCUUAACAACAACACAUUGUCUGGUGCCUUCCCUUCAUCAUCAACUAAUUUGUCACACCUUAUUUUCCUGGAUCUGUCAUACAAUAAUUUGAGUGGUCCAAUCCCAGGGUCCCUGACAAGGACUUUCAACAUUGUAGGGAAUCCACUGAUCUGUGCAGCAACCAUGGAACAAGAUUGUUAUGGGUCUUUACCUAUGCCAAUGUCUUACGGACUGAAUAACACACAGGGAACUGUGAUUCCUGCAAAAGCUAAGAGCCAUAAAGUUGCAAUUGCAUUUGGUGCUACAACUGCCUGCAUCAGCCUUCUGUUCCUUGCCGUUGGUUCACUAUUCUGGUGGAGGUGUAGGCGAAACCGGAAGACUCUUUUCAACGUUGAUGAUCAUCAGCACAUAGAGAACGGCAACCUCGGAAAUAUGAAGCGGUUUCAAUUCAGAGAGCUCCAGGCUGCAACAGAAAACUUCAGCAGCAAGAACAUAUUAGGAAAAGGCGGGUUUGGUAUUGUUUACCGGGGGCAGCUUCCAGAUGGAAGUCUUGUAGCCGUCAAGAGGCUCAAAGAUGGUAAUGCUGCAGGCGGGGAAGCACAGUUUCAGACUGAAGUCGAGAUGAUCAGCUUAGCAGUGCACAGGAACCUCCUCAGACUCUAUGGGUUCUGCAUGACUGCCAGUGAGAGGCUACUGGUCUAUCCGUACAUGUCGAAUGGGAGUGUCGCGUUGCGCCUGAAAGGGAAGCCACCACUGGACUGGAUCACCAGAAAGAGGAUAGCACUUGGGGCAGCACGAGGUCUACUUUAUCUGCACGAGCAGUGUGAUCCCAAGAUCAUCCACAGAGACGUUAAGGCAGCAAACAUACUGCUAGAUGACUGUUGUGAAGCAAUUGUCGGGGACUUUGGGCUUGCAAAGCUCCUAGACCACCGUGAAUCGCAUGUCACCACAGCUGUGCGCGGAACUGUUGGCCACAUCGCUCCCGAGUACCUCUCGACUGGCCAGUCAUCUGAGAAAACAGAUGUCUUUGGUUUUGGAAUUCUGCUGCUGGAGCUGAUCACUGGUCAGACUGCACUGGAGUUUGGGAAGUCAUCAAAUCAGAAGGGAGCCAUGUUAGACUGGGUGAAGAAGAUGCACCAAGAGAAGCAGCUGGACAUACUUGUCGACAAGGGCCUGGGGAGCAAAUAUGACCGCAUUGAGCUGGAGGAGAUGGUGCAAGUAGCACUGCUAUGUACUCAGUUCCUCCCUGGUCACAGGCCCAAGAUGUCAGAGGUGGUCCGGAUGCUGGAAGGCGAUGGACUUGCAGAGCGGUGGGAGGCGUUACAACACACUGAGUCACACAAAUUCAAGGUGCCUGAGUUCUCCUUCAGCCGCUGCCACUCUGACCUGACGGACGACUCGUCACUGUUGGUGCAAGCAGUGGAGCUUUCUGGGCCAAGAUGACACCAACGGAGACGGUCUGUGGCAAGAAGUAUCCAGCAGUUGUUUCCCAGUAGAAAAUGUAAAUAAUACAAAGUGAAGCAACUGGUGCUGCAUCCUGUCAGAAGUCGAAGCAAAUCUCAAUCAGCUGAACUGUACAAAGAUUAAAAAAAGAGCACAACCUAGUCUAAGCAUGGUACAUUACUACAUCUACAGAUUAUGUAACUGUUGGUAGAAUAAGGAUAGAGCAAUGUUUCCAUUUUGUUUGUUAUUUUCCCCUUUGUAUUCUAUUACUGUAGUUAUAGUUUGUAAAAUGCAAAAACGGUGGCAAUAGCGCUCGAUGUUGGUGCUGAAGAACUCAAAUAGCUUAGUAAAGACCAAGUGUAGACAGGUGCCAACGAAGAAUUUGAUUGUGUGCAUGAACUUCCUA